AUCAGUAGAACAGCAACACUUGGGAGGUGAUGAAUAACUGCGCUGAGUGAUAUUUUUGUGGCUUCAACACAAUUCAAACAAAACCAGUGCAUGAACCCCGCAACCAUUUUAGUAAUACUUUAUAAAAUAUACUAUUCUGCACGAAAUGCAUUUAACUAAAUAGAGUAAAUAAAAAUUUUGUGUGCCAUGUCUCACCCGACGAUACGCUACAACGAGGAGCGCAGAGAGUUGCUUCUAGCCCAUUGCCACUAUGUGGUACUACCACCGGAGCUAAUCGAUGUAUUUGGUGAAUGCACCGAAUACUUAGAUUGCAGUCACAAUCGGCUAAUGAACUUAUCAUAUUUGUAUGAAUUUACAAAUUUAAAAUAUCUUAUUCUCGACAAUAACCGCUUGCAUGAGGCGCAUUUCAAUCAAUUGCAAUGGUCGCUACCGAAGGUGAAGCUGCUGAUGUUAAACCGCAAUGAGCUUAUGGAUCUUGAGAAGACAAUUACGCUGCUAGCAAGCAUUUUUCCCAAUCUUGAAUAUUUAAGUUUGCAUGGAAAUCCAAUUUGCCCCGAUGAAUUGGAGCUGCAGCCGUUUUGUGAAUACGUGAAUUAUGAAUAUGAAUAUUACAGAUCGCAGAUCGCUGGCGCUUUUAACAAACUUAAAUUUCUCGAUCAUUAUGAUCUGCAACGACCUUAUCGCAGAUCAACGCUCAAGCCAAAUGCAAAUAAUGAACACCAAAAAUCAUUAAAAUUUUUUAUUUGGCCUAAAUUUCGGCACAGUUUGAGUAAAAGGAACUUGCCACCCAAAAAAUCAAAUCCACAAAAGCAACAAUAAAGCAGCUUUUAUUUUGGUAAACUUACAUCCCGAGCUAAUAAAAGGAAGGUAAUAAAAAAGUGCUUAUUGUCUCGAGGUUCCAGAACAUGGCCAAGGUUAAGAACUGACCUGAAUUGAUUCUUUCAGUAUAAA